CAAACAAAUAACCCUUUUUUUUUCUUACGCUUCUUUUCAUUAUCUUUUUUUUUUUUAUUCUUUCAAAAAAAAAUGGGCUCACUUGUCAAUAACCUUUUUAAACACUACUUAGCCAACAAUCAACAACAGAGUGGCGAGCAUGGACCAAUGGAUUGGCUCCAAAAUGUAGCCACGUUUGCAGGAGCCGAUGCUUUAUUAAACCGUAUUGAUGAUGGUGGCGAAGAGAACAAUCAUUUUUUACGAAACGCAGGCUUAGCAGGUGCUUUGGCCUUGGGCUAUCAAUAUUAUCGAGAUCAUCAUAAUCAACAACAACAGCAACAGUUAGAUCCCGAACAAUUACAAGCUAUCCAGCAACAACAACAAUUACUUCAAGCUCAACCUCAGCAACAGAUAAUACAACAGCAACCCCCACCAGUACAGCAGCAAAUGAUUCACCAACCUCCUCCUCCACCUCCUGUCCAGUAUUAUCCACAAGAAUAUGCUAUGCAACCGAACUAUCAUAUGGAAAUGAUGCCUCACUAUUAUCAGCAACAACAACAGGCCAUGAUGAUGCCUCCUCCGCCACCACUACUACAACAGGGCAUGAUUCCCCCACAUUUAUCACAACAAAUGUAUGGAAUGCCUAAUUAUAUGAUGCCAAAUAAUAUGAUGAUGAUUCAGCAACAGCAACAGAAUCCUUAUUUGAUGAUGGCUCUUAUGAAUCAGUUACAAUUACAACAGCAACAACAGCAACAGGCUAUUUUAUAUAGAAAUAAUAUGAUGAUGCAACAACACAUGGGACCGUCGAUGACCUCAUAUCAGCAGCCACGGUUUAUGCAACAACAGCAAAUGAUGCAUUAUGGAGGUGGUGGGAUGCCAUAUAACCCAUACAUGUUUUAAUGUUAUUGUGAAAGUAUAAAUAUAGUAAUUUUCUUGUCGUGUCUUUUUGUAUCCAUUAUUUAAAAUAAUAAAGGUUUUUUAUUUAUUUAUUUAUUU